GUCCGCCGAGCCAUGUCGUUGAGCCCCAAGCACACGACGCCCUUCUCCGUGUCCGACAUCCUGAGCCCCAUCGAGGAGACCUACAAGAAGUUCGGCGGCACCAUGGACGGCGCGCCGCCCGGCCUGGGGGCGCCCCUGGGGGCCGCGGCUGCCUACCGUGCGCCGCCGCUCGGCCCCUCCUCGCAGGCGGCGGACGGGGCGGGCAUGCCGCCACCCCACGCCAUGGCGGGCCACAACGCGGCGGCGGCGGCGGCCGCGGCCGCGGCGGCGGCGGCGGCCGCCGCCACCUACCACAUGCCGCCGGGCGUUUCGCAGUUCCCGCACGGCGCCAUGGGCGGCUACUGCAACGGCGGCUUGGGCAACGUGGGUGAGCUGCCCGCCUACACGGACGGCAUGCGGGGCGGCGCGGCCGCCGCGGCCACCGGCUGGUACGGCGCCAACCCGGACCCGCGCUACUCGUCAAUCUCCAGGUUCAUGGGGCCAUCGGCGGGCGUGAACGUGGCCGGCAUGGGGUCGCUGACGGGCAUCGCGGACGCCGCCAAGACGCUGGCGCCGUUGCAUGCGGCUGCGGCGGCUCCGCGAAGGAAGCGUCGCGUGCUCUUCUCGCAGGCGCAGGUCUACGAGCUGGAGCGUCGCUUCAAGCAGCAGAAGUACCUGUCGGCUCCCGAGCGCGAGCACCUGGCCAGCAUGAUCCACCUGACGCCCACGCAGGUCAAGAUCUGGUUCCAGAACCACCGUUACAAGAUGAAGCGGCAGGCCAAGGACAAGGCGGCGCAGCAGCUGCAGCAGGAGGGCGGCCUGGGCCCGCCGCCGCCUCCGCCGCCGUCCCCGCGUCGCGUGGCGGUGCCCGUGCUGGUCAAGGACGGCAAGCCGUGCCAGAACGAUGCCAGCACGCCGACACCCGGCCAGGCCGGCCCGCAGCCACAGGCCCCGACGCCCGCGCCUGAGCUCGAGGAGCUGUCGCCCAGCCCGCCCGCGCUGCACGGCCCGGGGGGCGGCCUGGCGGCCCUGGACGCGGCCGCGGGGGACUACGGCGGCGGCGGCGGCGUGCUUGGCGCCAACCUGCUCUAUGGCAGGACGUGGUGACCGCGCGGGCGCCCCGGAGCGGGGUCCCGCCCGCGGCGCGGAGGUUGUGUAAGAAACUUCGAGAACGGAUGGGGAAGACACACCGAAGCUGACUCUUGAGUACACGGAGAUCAAAAACUAAUGAACGGGUCAUGGAGAAGGGCAGCCUCUGAACCUCUUUGCUGGGAGGGGUGGGGAACAGCGACAGCCCCGGAAUUGAAUAAUACGACACCAGGAGGCUGUGAGGUGGUGAUUUCCUCCUUCAGAAGUUCGUAAAUUAUUCGAAAAGCUGGCUGAGCCCACAUCCACCACGUUCCUAACCAAAGCUCUCAAGAGUUUUAAAAGUUGGAAACUUUGUUGGUGUUUGUAGCUCUAAAAAUCAACCCAGCUUUAACAAUGAAUCCUUUUUUGAAGUGGAAUUUGAGAGAUUAAUUUUCAAAGGCCUCCCCCUUAAGUGCAAUUUCAUUAAUGUUUGAUUGAAAGUAACUUGUAGCUCAAGGUGGAUCAUGCACAUUGCAACAUUACUGCAGGGGAAUUAUUGCCGUUUAGGUAAUAGAGAAAUGGAAUAAAAAUAA